AUGAAGCAGUUGGUAGGUGUCGAGCCAUUCUCCGAUGAAAUCCUAAAGAAAGCAGAGAAAUUAAAGAACAAAAUCGCCGUCCCCUCACAAAUCGAUUCCCCCUUUUUCUUGGCCAGAUUCCUCCGUGGAAAUAAAGGCGAUGAGGAGCUGACAAUUCGCAGAUUAAGAGAUUAUUUCACGCACCGAGCGCUUCUCGGAUAUGAUAACCUCGAUGAUUUGCAAAUUUUGAGGAAGAUGCCGAUUACAAAAGAUUGCUUUGAGCGAUUCUCCAUCUCAAAAAUGGACCCAAGUGUCAGCUCGAAUAAUUGUCAUGUGAUUGUACAAAGGAUGGAGAGUUCAGAUGUUAAAGAGAUUAUUAAAAUCAUCCCACUCUCCUUCGUGCUGCACAGUUAUUUUGCGCUCCAAGAAAUGUUUUGUCGGUGUUUGGCAAAGACGGAGAAUGCAACAGGCAAACCAUCAGCAGUAAUUUGCGUCCUUGAUCUGACCGGCUUGCCCUUGGCCGAUUUCAUGAAUCCCCUUGGUGGACCUGCCAAACUCGCCCGCCUCGUCGUCAAAAUUUGGGCUGAAUACUUCUCCGAAAAUAUGAUAAAAUUAGUGCUGAUAAACCCACCGGGAUUGGUGUCGAUCGUGUUCAAAGUUAGUCGUCUACUAAUGGAUGAAGCAACGGUGGCACGGCUAUCGAUUCUCAGUUCUCUCGAUGAUUUGCAUAAUAUCCUUGAGCCUCAGGCCAUUCCGAAGGCAUACGGUGGGACCUGGGUCGAUCGUUCGGGCUUCGCGGACCCGCCGGAAGGAUGUGUCAAUCGAGCCCUACCGAUUCUGCCUAAUACACCGAAACGGGAUAUCUGGGAUGAAGAGGGCUUCAUCAAUCCUCCCACAGCCAAGUCAUUUACAGUCAAGGCAAAAGCGCUACACGAUGUGUCGCGAAAAUGUACCACAACUGGCCAACGACUCGUCUGGCAAUUCGAAUCAUCAAGUGACAUCGAUUUUGAAGUGAUCCGGAUCGAGGGCGGAAAAGAGAAGAAUGUCUGGCCCAGGAUAACCAUCACUUCGCUGAAGGUUCUUGAAUUCGGCGCGUUGAACUGUGAGCCAGGGGAGUACGUGCUCCGCUUCAGCAACCCGUCCUCAAGCUGGUUCCCCGUCAAGAUCAACCUAGCCACUGAUAUCAAA